UAUUUUAUAUAUUUUUCAUCAGUCAUGUCAAAUGUCAAAACUUAAUUGCACCCACUGAAAUAGGAUUUCAAAAAUUGUUUAUCAUUUCUAGUUUUCGAAGGACUACUAUGCCCCCCCCCCGACCAAGAUCAUUUGGUAAUAGUCCGGGCAUAUCUGGUGGUAGACCAAGUCCGAGCACUCCAAUGUCUGAAAGACAACAAAUGGCUUUAUUGAUGCAGAUGACCUCUGCUUCGCCCUCUUGUAGUCCAGAUGUGCAUCAGUCACUAAACAAUAUAAAUCAAUUAGCUUCAAGGUCGCGUGAUCGUAAUGAACGUGGUGAAACAAGUCUUCAUGUAGCUGCUAUUAAAGGUGACCAGGAAGGUGUAAAAAAACUUUUAGAGUCAGGAGUAAAUCCAAAUGUGUUGGAUUUUGCAGGUUGGUCUCCCCUGCAUGAAGCCUGCAACCAUGGUUUCUACAACAUUGCAUUUGCUCUUAUCAAGGCUGGAGCAAAUGUUAAUGCCAAAGGCUUAGACGAUGAUACGCCACUCCAUGAUGCUGCUGUAAUUGGAAAUAUGAAACUCGUAAAGUUGCUUAUUGAAAAAGGUGCUGAUCUUUUUGCCAAAAAUCGAAAAGGCAAAACUCCAACGGAUGUUGCCGCUUCAACUAUAUCUACAUAUAUGUGUUCUCUAAGAGAUGCAAGCCAUAACAAAUCUGCUCAAACUUUAAAAAAAGUAGUAUUGUCAGAUUUAAGAAGAAGUAGCGAGGGCGAUGAUGGAUCAAAUGUUGAUACUGGUGAAAGUAACGAAGAAAAUAACGUAGUAAAUUUGAAAAAAAACUGUAAGGAUUUCAUGAACAUCGAUGAUGGGAAGAACCAAUCAAGACACAAAGUUGAUAAGCUCAUUCAAAAAGAUGAAUUUUACAAUGAAGAUGACACAACAAACAGUUUUAAAUUGACAAGUUUUAAUUCAAAUACAGCAAUAAAACGUUCGCAUUCUGAUAUAGAAAUGGAGGAAUCCUUAGAUACAGAUGAAAUAAAAAGAAAAAAACGAAAGGAUUCUGACAAUUUUAAAGAGACCUCAAAACCCAUUGUCAAUACAAAGAUACCAACAAGGAACGAUAAAACGACCAAGCAAGCUGUAGCUUUAUCUAAACCGAGCUCUGUAGUCCUGAAAAUGUCUUCUGAACGAAAAAGUCCUUGUGUAAGCCCAAAGCCAACUCCUUUAAAAAUUCACGAUGGUGAUUUGGAAUCAGAGGAUACAAAAGUUAAUGAAUGUAUUUCAGGCAACGGCCCAAAAGUGCCACCAUUAAAAAUUGUCAUUCCACAACAAAACUGCACAAACGAUCCUGAGAGUGGAUCACGAAAUGGAAAAGUGAACUCUGUUAGAAAUCAGAUUGCACACCCAUAUGUUGUUUCCUCUUCAAAUAGCAACGACUCUCUUUCAGCAGAAAAAGAAACAAACCCAUCUCGAUGCAACAGUCCAACAGAGUUAGUACAAAAAAACAACUCCGCAACUAUUAAUAUUUUACAAGAAGAAAAAAAUGUCAAACUAAGCAAUGAAGAAAAAGGUCAACAAAGAAUUUUACGAAGCUCCCAUCGUUCAGGUGGUCACAAUAUUGACAGAAGCUCCAAUAACUCGUCUCCCCAACUACAAAGUAAUUCUCCUUCUCCUGCUACCCUAAACGAUAUGAGUGAUAAAAAUCUUAAUCUAACCAAUAACAACACACUUGCCCUCCAAGUGCAAAAUCAAACACUAGAAACAGAGAAUGUAAUCAUGCCCAAUCUAUCUAACAUUUCAUCGCCAUCGUUGAAGGACAUGCAAUCGAACUCAGUUGAAUUACAUCCUCGUAAACGAAAAAUACGAACAAAGCAUGAAGAGAGUUUUGUGAAGGCCCAUUCAACAGGCGUUGGAUCCGAACAGAAUAAUACUUAUGAUAUUCAUCCCCAUGACCAUCCCUUUACGAAUUGCUACCAUAUGUAUCUGAACAUUCGCAAUCAAAUAGAGAAAAAACACAGAACUUUGUUUCCUGUUCAACCUCGUCCUCCCCAAGGGUUUUCAGAGUAUUUAUUGAAUAGGCGUUCUUAUCUACUUGCAAAUACUCAUACUCCAGAAUCUUGUCAUACAACCCCUCCAGACUUGCCUCCACAGAUGAUUGACUUGUUCAAUUCCCAGGAAAAAGAACGUCAAAAACUUAAACUGAAACAUAUUGUCGAAAAAGAAAAAUUAGGUUUAACAGUCGAGCAAGAAAUAUUAAGAGUUCACGGAAAAGCUGCGAGAAGUCUAGCCUGUCAAUCAGUUCCCUUUUCAGUAUGUACCUUCUUGAAGGAUGAAGAAGUUUACAAUUUGAUUACACCAGAACAAGAAGAAAAAGACAGAAAUGCACGAUCUCGUUACAAUGGUCGACUGUUUAUCAGUUGGUUGCAAGAUGUUGAUGACAAAUGGGAAAAAAUUAAGGAAGCGAUGGUUUUGAGGCAUCACAACGAAGCUGAAAGUCUACAUGCAUUGCAACGAAUGGGCUGGGACGAAGUUUUGAAAGAUAAUGAUUUAUGUGAUAGUACAUCAAAACCAUAUAUACAAGAGGACCAUGUUCCAAUUGUACAUGUCAGUGAUGAUUUCGAACUUCUUCCUGCUUAAAGUCCUGUAACAAUAAAAUGGGAGCGCAUCGGAAUCCCGCUUUUUAAAA